AUGAGCAAUGAAAUUGAUGCACUUUGGAAAAGGUUCAGGUCAAUAGAUGUUGCAGGAAAAAAAACAAUAAAAAUUAGGACAUGUGAAAUUGCUUACCCCACUACAACAAGGAUGUGUUCACCGCCUGAAAAAAUAAAAACCAAAGGAGGGGUGAAAACGAAAGGGAAUAAACCCGUGGGAUAUGAUGUUUAUUGUGAUCCUCCAUAUCAUGAGUAUGUUGAUCAAGAAAACUCUAGUUCUCAAAAAUAUUCAAAUAGGUCAUGUUCACAGUUAUCCCAAAUCUCAAAGAAGAAACCAUCUGAUAGGUUUAUUGUACAAUUUUUGGAUCAUAUUAGACCAUUUAUUGAUGACACUGUUGAUAUUAAGAGUGAUGGAAAUUCUGGGUUUAGGGUCAUUGCAUCAUGA